AACAUAGUAUAAAGUGUGUGUGUUUUUUUUUUCAGGUAUCAAAAACUGCUAUAAAAAUUGUAUAAUUAUAUUGGUAUCACUUAUCAAAUACUGUAUGCAACAGUGCUAAACCGGACUUCAGUGUAAUUAUAAAUGGCUAACUGUGAGCACUGAUGGAUUGUAGCUAGUAAUGGGCGAUAUAAACGAUAUGCGAUAUAAACGAUACAAAAUUGGCCUACGAUAGAGAUUUUAAUUCUAUUGCACUAUCGCGAUAAUGCAUGUUGAUGACGCAACCUACCCGCGAAAUUUAGAGCCACGAGCUGCAGCCGGCUGCAACGAAUCAUCAUAUUCAUCGUCAUCUUUAAUAAACAUGGCUGAAAACGUCAGCGAAACAGAGGAGCUCGUGAAAAAGACCGGUGCAACAUCUAUUAUUUGGACUUGGUUUGGAUUUAAGCCGUCCGACGAGCAGCAGAAAAAUAUACUCUGUAGAGUGUGUGGGGCAAAAGUUCCAGCUAAGAGCGGUAACACGACUAAUCUGUUCUACCAUCUCAAAACUAAACAUGUCGUUGAAUACCAGCAUUGCCAGGCAAUGCAGCCAACCGCAAAGUCCAGUACGAAGAACGCAGGACAGAAAAAACAGGAACUGAUCCAAACCUCAAUCCAACAGUCAUUUUCAAAAGGUACUCCAUAUAUUAGGAAGAGCCCGCGAUGGAUUGAAAUUACCAGGGCCAUAACUGUUUACUUGUGUAAGGACAUGGUCCCUUUUCAAACGGUAGAGAGACGCGGCUUUAAAGCCAUGAUCAGAGCUAUUGAUCCACGAUAUGAGGUGCCAAGCCGCAAAUACUUCACAGAAACCGAGAUGCCAAAAUUGUAUGCCGAGCUCCGCGAAAAUGUUGAAAAAGAGCUGUGUGACUUGAAAUACUUUGCUACUACAACGGACCUAUGGUCGAGCCGUACCAUGGAGCCUUUCCUCAGUCUGACCAUUCACUAUAUAACGGAUGAUUGGAAUCUUGGCAGCCGGUGUUUGCAGACGUCGUACUUCCCCGCUGAACAUACGGCCGAGGAGAUAGCACAAGGACUCAAGGAAGCGCUUGAGUCAUGGGGUUUUAAAGAAGAAAGCCAAGUUUGCAUUACUACUGAUAACGGAACGAACGUGGUCAAGGCAGCGUCUCUGAAUGAUUGGACCAGGCUGCAAUGCUUUGGACACAGGCUGCACCUCGCCAUCGAAAAAAGUAUGAAAGACCCCCGAACUGACCGUGCUGUUGGCGUAUGCAAGAAGAUUGUGAGUGCCUUUUCAUACUCUUGGAAAAGAAGAAAAGAGUUGAAGAAAGCCCAGGCAGAGCACCAUCUUCCCUUUCAUCGGCUCAUCACAGAAACACCAACAAGGUGGGGGUCACGCCAGAUGAUGAUCCAGAGGGUCCUUGAACAAGAGAAGGCACUAUCACAGGUACUGAAAGCAGACAAGAAAACCAAACACCUGGUACCCACUUGGCAAGAUACAGAUGUGUUGGAAUCUAUAAGCCGGACCCUCGGCCCACUGCUGGAAUUCACAGACGCGCUGUCUGGUGAAGAUUAUGUUAGUGUGUCGUAUGUCAAACCUGUUCUCCAUCUUUUCAACAACACUGUUCUUGCUGCAGCUGAUGAUGACACCGAGCUGACCAAGGACAUGAAAAGAGUCAUCCUAGAGUACUUAAACGAGAAGUACUCUGACCCAAAAACGGUUGACCUGCUGGAUAUGGCCUCCUUGGUCGACCCACGGUUUAAAGAUGCAUAUAUAGCUGAUGACCGCCAGGAGUUCAUCAAGACCAGAGCGGUAGCAGAAAUUCUGUCACUGUUGGAGGUGCAAGCUGCAAUGGUCAGAGAGCCACUACCACACACAAGCACAGAAGCUGCAGCUGAUGGUGCUGAAGCUGCUGAAGUAGCUGUUGAGAGUCAAUCAAAGAAGGUAAAACGGAGCCUGGGAAGCUUUUUCAAAAAGGCCUCCUCCGAUGGCACAGCUGCUCUCGCUGACCGAGAGGCCAUCGAAGUGGAGCUAAGAAGUUACCUGCAGACAAUGCAGGUUGAUGGAGAGACUGAUCCACUGGACUGGUGGCGGCUGUACCAAGCUAAUUUUCCAAGGGUGGCUAGACUGGCCCAGAAAUAUCUCUGUAUCCCGGCCACAAGUGCUCCUUCGGAAAGGGCAUUUAGCAUUGGUGGCAACAUUGUUACAUGCCACCGGUCUCUGUUGAAGCCAGAGACUGUGGACAAGCUUGUGUUCCUGGCUAAUAAUCUUUAGGGCUUAACAAAUGACAAAUGGUGUGUAUUAAACAAAAUCUCAGUGAGUGCCUGACUUUAGGGUUUGUUGUUGUUGCUUUUUAACUGAGAAGACACCAGACAGUUUUUCCUGUUCUUAGCAUAUUUUGUGCCCUUUUAAGAAAAUAACUAAAACUACAUUUGCACUUUUUACUUUAUAUAUGGCAUGGCACUACUGUAGAGAAACUUUAAUACUUUAAAACUUUUCUUUAGUUGACGUAUAUGUUCCUUAUACUGAAAUGUUAUUUAUUUAUUUUGUGCUUUCAUUUAGCACUUUAUAAUGUUUUCAUUUGAAGUUUAUGUGCACUACACUUGGAAGAAUUUUCUUUAUUUAAAAUAGCCAUGCCUUAUACCGGAAGUAUAUCCCUAAUUCACAGUGUCCGUUCCUUUAUUAACAAGACACCAGUUUUAAUUUCAUUAGGAGAACAAAAUGUUUAAAACCAAAUGCGUUACCUCUGCUGCAGGUUUGAAAUAUGUUUUUAUUUAAAGUAUCUGUGCAUUUACACAAAAUAAUUUUCUUUGCCUAAUUUAUACUGGAAGUAUUUUCAGUACAGUGUAUGUUCCUUAAUUAAAAAGACACCAGUUUUUCUGUUCUCUGCAACUUGAGUGGCAUUUAAGAACCAAGGACUUUAAGUAUAGUGUCUUUUAGAAGGAAAGACUUAUUUAUCUGCAACAUUUUGUUGUAGAAUUACAGUUUUGCUUUUGCACAAUAAAUGUAAUCAAAACAACAUGCGUUUCUUUAUUUCUUAAAAAAAAAAAAAAACAUUUAGCAGUUUGGCUUUCCUAAGGGUCUGUGUAACCUGUUCUGAAAUGGUUCCAUUAUAAUUUAUAUAUCGCAAUAUAUAUCGUUAUCGCAAGAGGCUGCAAUGUAUAUCGCAAUAUGGAUUUUAGGCCAUAUCGCCCAUCCCUAAUUGUAGCCUCACACUGUGUUUUUAUAUCUACGUAAGGAUCUAGAAAGAAGUUGUGAAGGAGCUGCAGAGAUGGACGAUGCAUCAGGAUGGGGUCUGCACACACACACACACACACACACACACACACACACACACACCUACUACUGACCAGCUUGACUAUAAAACCUUCAUUACUCCUGCAAUGAGGUGGCGCUCGGCGUGGAACAGAGGGUCUGUAUCUCUGAUUUACAACACACACAUCACCUCCUUCGUCCUUCGGUCAGCUGAGGCUUUCAACUGCAUCACCAUCGAUUCUCAUUACCUCACAUGGUAAAAACAACACAGCCCCUCAUAAGGCAUCGGGCUUCUUUCAUGAAGCCUCAUGGGUUCUCAAUCUAGUGUAGACCCUGUUUGUGGGCUGUGUAUAUAUGAAUAUAUAUGAAUCCUCAAAAACAUAUGAAUCAACAGCCAAACAGAAAAGAGUUACUUCAGUGUAACCAAUCACAACUAGGCCUAUAAUUAUAAACUAUUUGAAGAAUUUUGAGAAAAUGUGUUCUAGUUCUGGAUGCCCAAGUCAAAAGAUCCCAACGCCUAAUCCCAAUGAUACUUCAGUCGCUAGAUAUAACUUGUGCCCCCUUUCAAAGAUAACUUCUGGCCUGUUUUAUCCUCCACUAGGGUCGCUUAGCAAAGUAAUUUUGGAAAAGAAAAAAAUGCAUGAUUUGAGGUAUCAUUCUUGGUGUUGAUACUUGGUGCCCUAGCAAACACCACUAAAACAAAUUCUUUAUUGGGAUUAUCAAAACCUAUUUUCCAGAGGCUAGUGUUUUUAGACAGUCUGCAGUUACAUGAAGUGAUUGAGCUCCGUCUAAAUUAAACUUCCACUUACCAUCCAGUCUCAUAAUGUCGUAAUUAGGUUUGUUAAUGAUUGAUCAUUCAGGGCCAGGAUAAAGACCAGGAUAUCUGCCUCGAUUAAGUGCCUAGUUCUGUUAUGGCAAAUCAUGUUAAGAGCAAAGAACGCUCACUGUUCAUUUGACCUCCCAGCUUAAGAAGAAUGCUGACAGUUCUGCUGCUGUUUCAGAAGUUCGCUUGGCUGCAGGUUCGCUCUGCUCAGCAUACUUGUAAACACUUAAUGCUUAUUCAGGGUACUAGAAAACUCUCUCUUUCUGCGUGUUUGCAUGAAGACGAUUACUCUGCAACAUCAGAGUUACUGGCCAAGAUCCAUAAGCAUCAGAACAUCAUAACAGGCAAACAAAAGCUAAAGUAAUUUCUGAACACUUUCUUAAUGACAAUCAUACUUGAUAAAAAGAAUAAGGCAUUUAAAGACUUUAGGUAGCACAAUACAUAAUACAUGUACAGUAGCAAUGAGAGUGAGAUGCUUUUAUUUGUAGG